UGCCCUUGAGGGCCGACUGGCAGCCAUGGAGUGUCGCCAACAAGACCUUUCCAAGCAGCUGGCAGAGACCAGGUCAGCGAAGGAGAGCCUGGAAUCCAGCCUGUUUGCUGCUCAGCAGCAGAUAUCUCAGCUGGAGAUCACCAGCAACCAUCUGGAGGCUCAAGUGCUCACAGUCACACAGGCCAAGGAGGCGCUCCAAGGAGAAGUGCAGUGCCUCCAACGUGAGCUGGAAGCAGAGAGAGCUCUCAGGAAGCAGGAGCAGGAAGACACAGCGCAACAGCUCUUGCAGGCAGAGCAGCAGCGUCAGGAAAGCCUCAGGCUUCAGGGAACUGCUCAGCAGGUGGAAAUAAACAAGCUCCUGCAAGACCUGGCAAGUGAGCGGGAAAGGCACCAUGCAGAGAUGCAGGAGACGCUGCAGCAAUGGGGAAAAGAGAAGGCAGAGAGAGAGCAGGAGCACGAGAAGGUGCUGUUUGAGAUGAGGCAGAAAGUUGCCACCCUGCAGGCUCAAAGAGAAGAGGAACGAACUAGAUUUGAAAAUGCCAAGCGAGAGGUCCUGCUGGAAAAGCAGAAGGAGAAGAAUUCUUUAUCAGAGACACUGCUCCAAACUCGGGGACAGCUAAGCCGAGCCUGCCAGCAGGUGCAGCAGCUCAGGCAGGAGGUGAAAAAGCAGCAAGAGAAGGGGCAGACCAUCGAGGCAAAGCUGCAAGCUGAGCUGCAGGAAGCUCGGAGGGAAAUCCAGGCAGCGCAGAAGAGGCACGAGGAAGAACUACGAGGCAUCAAAGAGGAAAUGAAUCUCCUCCUUGUGGAGAGGGAGGCUCUACAAAAGCAGGUGGGAGAGUUGACAUCUCAGCUGGCAGCCUCCAGAGAGUCCCAAGCAACGAUUGUUCAGAGAGCCCAGCAAGAUGUGAGCUGGGCCCAGGAGCAGUCAAGGCAGAAGCUGUUGGAGGUUGAGCACCUCCAGAAGAUGCUGGAGGAGGCAGAACAUCAGAACAAGGAGCUGCAAGUGCACCUGAAGAACUUGGAGCUGGAAGGGAGUCAAUGGGAAGAAGUGGCACGCCAAAAUUCAGGAUUUCGGGCUUCCUUGGACGCCCUGGAGAAGGAAAAAGCCAGGCUGGUUCUGUCUCUGGAGGAAAAGAACCUGUGCCUCAGAACACUGGAAGAAAAGAACCAGGCACUGAACAAUCAGGUGUCUCAGUUUCGUUCUGCUCUUCACGAGGCCGAGCAGCUCUGUUCAAACCGCACAGGACAACUGCUGGCGCUCAACAUCCAGGUGCUGGAGGCUGAGGUGUCUGAGCUGCGUAGGAAGCUCCAGAGCUCUGAUGACAAAGCACUUUCAUUGGCCAUAAAGUUUAACACCUCAGAGCUGGAGCUGAGGAAGACACAGGCUCAGUGGGACAAUCUCAGAGCCUGCAACCAGGAGCUGCAGCAGGAGUUGGAGGAAAGUGAGCAAGCGAUGUGGAGGGCAGAACACCAGAAGACCUGUCAAGAAACUGCCCUGGAGAAAGAGGCCAUUGCCCUGAAGGAAGAGGCUGUGACUCUUCAUCAGGAGGUGGCAUCUCUGCAGAGGAAACUGGAGAGCCUGGAGAAGGAAAGGAAGGAUGUGCUGGUGAGAACGGCAGAUGCCAUGAAGGGCCAUUUCCUAGCUAUGUUUGGCCCUUGUGUUAAUAGUUCUAAGGAGCACCUCUUUGCAGUUGAACUUGUCAAAUUGCAUUCUUCUGAAUAA